CCUCUGUUCCUCCUCUUCCCGUCCCCCCUCUCUUUCCGUCCUCCCCACGACUCGCCUCCUCCUCGUUGCAGCCGUUGGGCGGUCGCCAUGGUGGGCCAGGCGCCGGAGGGCUUGGGAGACGAUUUCUUGGAGCAGAUCCUGGCCAUGCCCUCGUCCUAUGCCGUCGGGGACGAGGCCUCGCUUGCUGCUGGGAUGGUCCUUCACCGGAGUUCCGCAGAAGGCCACUCAGUCAGCGGAAGUGUGGCGGAGUUUCCCUUGGGGCUUAGCUUGGAGCAGGGUUCUUCGUCCGGGAAGAGGCUUCGCGAGGGGCUUGACGCCAAGCCGGAGAGAGCCUCGAUGCAGCUGGCGGGAUCGCUUCCACCAGGGUUCGGUCAACUCCACCCUCAUCAAAUUCAGGCUAAUCCUCCACCACAGGCUUUUCAUGGUCAAGUCAAACAAGGUGGAGUUGCUGCACAGUCUGCAGUUCCACAACCUCCAGCCCCACGACCAAAAGUACGGGCACGGCGAGGCCAAGCCACAGAUCCUCAUAGCAUUGCUGAGCGGCAACGGAGAGAAAGAAUAGCAGAACGGCUAAAAUCUUUGCAGGAAUUGGUUCCCAAUACUAAUAAGACUGAUAAAGCAGCUAUGCUUGAUGAGAUUCUAGACUAUGUUAAGUUUUUGAGGCUUCAAGUGAAGGUCCUCAGCAUGAGCAGACUGGGUGGUGCUGGUGCUGUUGCACAGCUUGUAGCUGAAAUCCCUGUGCCAGUGGAGGGGGAAACUAGUGAGAGUGGGAACAGACAACAAAUUUGGGAGAAAUGGUCCACGGAUGGCACAGAAAGGCAAGUAGCAAAGCUCAUGGAAGAAGAUAUUGGAGCUGCCAUGCAAUUCCUCCAGUCCAAAGCCCUCUGCAUGAUGCCAAUCUCACUUGCCAUGGCCAUCUAUGAUACCCAACAACAGUCUGAAUGCAACACAAUCAAACCUGAACCAAGAAGCCCCCAAUAAGCAAAUAUCCAUCUAGUGAAAAUCAUCAAUAUCACCAGCUGAUGCACGUCUCCUUAAGCGUGUAGAAGCAUGCACUCGCCAACCCUCUUAACAGCAUGCCUAAUGUGACAUGCAAGAUCUCUUAUGUCCGUGAAUGUUGGAAGAUGUCAUAGUCUCAUUUUCUAAAGUCAAUCACUUCAGGGUCCAACAUAAGUGUAGAUUCUACUCAACUAGUAUCUUUCAAGGUAUUCUGAUUGAAGGAGGUGUCUAUCAAAUAACCACCUCUGAUCUUUGUUUAGUGGGGAACUUCAAUGCGCAAACAUGGAUAACUUUUUUUU